GAUAUUCUUCAUUUUAAGUUUAUCGCUAAAUUACUACUCAACGAAUAAUUACUAAAAAUCGUGUUAGUAUACAUAUAUAAUUUGUUUAUUUUGAAAAUUAUUUCAAAAUGAGGGGCGUGUCUGCAUUAGUGUUAGUGACACCCUAUGGCUCCUAUGAAGGCUUCUGUGGCAUUUCUCUGCGUCGCCCUUUUGAUAAUCCAAACUAUAUCAGCAGCACCUGAGCCGGAUCCUCAUCAUUGGAGAGGAGGACAUGGUUACGGAGGAGGAGGAAAAAUAAUCAUAAUUAAAACAAUAGGAUAUGGCGGUGGUGGAUAUGGACAUCAUCACCACGGCGGUGGAUAUGGAGGCGGUUAUGGUGGCGGUUAUGGUAGAGGCGGUGGUUAUGGUAGUGGAGGCGGUUAUGGUGGAGGCGGCGGUUAUGGCGGCGGUUAUGGCGGAGGUGGCGGUUAUGGCAGCGGAGGCGGAUGGGGAGGAGGUGGUGGCUUUGGAUUCGGUGGAGGUGGCGGUUCCGGAUAUGGAAAAUAAGACAAAACCCGUGAUGAUAUUUCAAUUGAAAGUGAUAAAAACUGUUCUUACUAAUAAUAUGUUCAUACCUAAUUUUAUAUAUGGACUCUUUUUUGUAAUUAGAAUAUUUAUUUGUAGUUGUUUGAUAUUGCGGCUAAUACUCUAAGUAUUACAGGAUGUGAUCAAAUAAAAAAUUUAUUUCUUAUUGUAAUAAGAAGAUUUAAUUAAUAAAGAAAAUAAGAUAAA